GCGCCGCUCGCUUCCAGCUCUAGGCGGCGCUGUGUGGGGUCCGCAGGUGCCGAUCGGGGUUCUCGCUAGCUCCCCGGUUCUCCGGGAAGCCGGGGUGCACCGUCCCUGAGGCAUGGGGCGACAGUGGGGGCCCGCCAUGAGGGCAGCCGAGCAGGCGGGCUGCGUGGUGAGCGCCUCCCGGGCCGGGCAGCCCGAGGCGGACUCCUGGAGCUGCAGCGGGGUGAUCCUGAGCCGCAGCCCGGGCCUGGUGCUGUGCCACGGGGGCAUCUUCACCCCCUUUCUGCGGGCCGGCAGCGGGGCGCUGACUGCGGCCGGCGCCGCCUUCCUGCCCGGCGACAGUUGUAGCGACGACCUGCGCCUGCACGUGCAGUGGAGCCCAACGGCCGCGAGUCCCGCGGGUCGCGCGGAGCGGGGCCGCCCUGGGCUGUGCACGCCCCAGUGUGCGGGCCUGGAGCCCGGCCCGCCGGCCCGGCCCCGCGGGCAGCCCCUGCGGCCCCCGCGCCCCGCCGAGCUGCUGCUGCUGCUGAGCUGCCCGGCCUUCCGGGCCCACUUCGCGCGCCUCUUCGGGAGCGAGCCGGCCGAGCAGUGGCGCUUCGCGAGCGCGGCGCCGGACGAGGAAGUGUCGGAGGACGAGGAGGAGGAUCAGCUGCGGGCGCUGGGCUGGUUCGCGCUGCUGCGCGUGAGGCACGACCCCGAGGAGGAGGCGGACGGGCGCGGGACGGCACUGGCCGUGGCGCCGCUCGGGGCCGUGCCCAAGGGCGCGUCGCUGCUGGCCUGUGGCUCCCCGUUCGGGUCCUUCUGCCCCGACAUCUUCCUCAAUACGCUCAGCCGCGGCGUCCUCAGCAACGCGGCGGGCCCGCUCCUGCUCACCGAUGCGCGCUGCCUGCCCGGUACCGAGGGCGGCGGCGUGUUCGCGGUGCGCCCCGCGGGGGCCCUGGUGGCGCUGGUGGCGGCGCCCCUCUGUUGGAAGGCCCGCGAGUGGGUGGGCCUCACGCUGCUCUGCGCGGCCGCGCCUCUCCUCCGCGCCGCCCGUGCCGGCCUCGGCCGCCUGUGCCCCGACGCCGCUUCCCUGGCCGCUCUCCUGCCGCCCGACGUGGGCGCCCCGUGGGGCCUGCCCCUCCGAGACCCUGGGCCCCCGUGGGCAGCUGCGGCCGUGCUGGUGGAGUGUGGCACCGUCUGGGGCUCCGGAGUGGUCGUGGCGCCCCGCCUCGUGGUGACCUGCCGGCAUGUGGCCCCCUGCGAGACGGCCAGAGUCCUGGUGCGCCCCACCACCCCCAAGAGUGCCAAGAUCUGGGGACGUGUGGUGUUUGCCACCCAGGAGACGUCUCCGUAUGACAUAGCAGUGGUGAGCCUGGAGGAAGACCUAGAGGGUGUCCCUGUGCCUGUGCCCACUGAGCAUUUCUACGAAGGCGAGGCUGUCAGCGUGGUGGGCUUCGGCGUUUUUGGCCAGGCUUGCGGGCCCUCGGUGACCUCGGGCAUCCUGUCGGCUGUGGUGCAGGUGGAUGACGCACCGGUGAUGCUGCAGACCACAUGUGCUGUGCAUGGCGGCUCCAGUGGGGGACCCCUCUUCUCUACCUGCUCAGGGGACCUCCUGGGGAUUGUCGCCAGCAACACCCGGGACAAUAACACCGGGGCCACCUACCCGCACCUGAACUUCAGCAUCCCCAUCACCGUGCUCCAGCCGGGCCUGCGGCGGUACAGCCAGACGGGCGACAUGGGCGGGCUCCGAGAGCUGGACCACACUGCCGAGCCAGUGAGGGUGGUGUGGCGGCUGCAGCGGCCCCUGGCAGAGGCCCCGCGGAGCAAGCUCUGAGCCCGUGUCACCCCCGUGAGAGAAGAGCGGCCAUUCUGUGCCGUGGGAGGUGCGAAGGUGAUGGCAGCCUCGGAUCCUGACACGGCAACCCAGCUGGGCGGAACCCCCAUCAGCACCCGCUGUGCUUGGCUCUGGAGUCUGGAUCCAUUUCUCCUCAGCCCCAUGGGCCUCCAAGCCAGUAGACCCUUUUGGGGUGCUCUCUCCAGCCUUCACCCCCUCUGCUCCCUGGCAGUAGACACAGCUCUGUUGUUCCCCAUCUAGGGGGGCCCAGCACAGCUGCACAGAGUCCUGGUCCUGACAGACAUGUUGGCUGGCAGGCAGGCCCAGCCCUGGGUUCGAGUCUCCCCGUCUCCCGAUGGGCACUGGCUGCCCUGCUCUCCGUCAGAAUCAGCAGCUGACAGAGCACUGGCGCGUCCUCAGAAAACCUCGGCACACAGAGGCUCUGCUCUGGAGACCAGAGGGAAAGGAGAGCGACAUCUGUCUCCCUGCUCUGCCAGACCUUUGGGGAGACAGAGUCCCCGAAAGUCAGGACUCCUGGGUCUCCACAUGUCGUGUCCAUGACCCACGGGGCACUCUGCCACAGUGCCUUAAUUUUCCAGCCCAUCCAAUGGGUCUCAGGGAUCUUGGCGGGAGGCGGGGAGAGGAUUCUAAGGUGUCUGGUUGGGGUUUGGGAAUAAACAGAACCUGUGGAAGGAACGGUAUACUUGUAUGAAUCAGAUUCUUUCCCCCUUUCUGUUUUGAGAAUUGAAUUGGGAAGAACAAGCGCCAGGCACAGAAACACCUUCUCUGUGCGGCUUUCUCAGUGCCGUUUGCUCUCACAGGAUAUUCUCCUGCCAAACUGGCCCUUCUACUGCCUCUGGCCCCUGGAAAUUCAGACGACAGUCCUUUGUUAGGCCAGGAGCCCUGAAGUUCACUUCCAGAGCGAUAGGCCCCGUUGAGUGGGGUGAACUGCCUCGGAAAGGGCACGAGGGGUUGCACCGAGCCCCUCUUCCCUCUCUUGGAUCAAGGUGUCUGGUUGCCAAAGUGUUGAAUGACAGACAGAAUCUUCCCGGGUUCAUGGUUUGGGGUAGAUCUUUGGAGAUGGGCCACCAGCUCUGAUAAGCCAUGCCCCAAGCCCAGUGUGGGGCCACUAUACACCUCUCCUCUCCCCGGCCUCAGGUCUGUGCCGUGAUUUUAGCAUCCUGCCUUUGCACCCUGCCCGUUGGAACUCAUCGGUAGAGGCCCAGAGCUUUCAAUCAAUCUUCCUUGACCUUCCCAAGCCCCAGGGCAGGCGGUAGCACUGCCUGUAGCUCUCCGUCUCCCACAGGGCCAGGGCAUGUGCCCAGUAAAUUUCCAAUGCUUGUUGGACUCACAGUUGAGACUCUCCUUUGCCUGCUGUGACCUCUGGCCCCCUUAGGAAUGAUGCCCUGCUGAGGGGUUUCCUGGCUUUA